GGUCCUCUGAGAGUGGAAGGGUGGGGGUGGCGGCCAGGCGUUCCUGGCUGGGAGCCCAGAGCACUCUUUUGUAAUCACAACAUGAUCUCUUGUGCUGAGCUGAGCGGAGAAGCUGAAGCCGGCAGGGAGAGGCCAACAGGCCCAGCUCUGGUGGUUCCAGCUUGCCUACAGCUCUGGCCGGGGGCUGCUUUGGAAUUCUCUUAGUGCCUGCUAUUUCCAUGCAUUUGGCUGGGCCUCACAGAGCCGAGUCCACAAUGCGCAGGCAUGAGGAAAAAGAUGCCGAGUUGGACCGUAGGAUAGUUGCCCUGCGCAAGAAGAACCAGGCUUUACUGCGCAGGUACCAGGAGAUCGAAGAAGAUCGUCGCCAGGCAGAGCAGGGGGGCAUGGCUGUGACCACAUCAGGGCUCUUCCAACCCGACUGUCUCACAGUCACCAUCAGCCAGGUUCCUGGUGAGAAGAGGGUGGUCAGCAGAAACUGGGCCAGGGUGCCCCCUUCACGGGGAAUGGCUGAUGCACUGACAGAUUAUGACGAUGCUGCAGACUCGACGGGCACUUUCUGCAUGGGGGACCGGGUGGAACUAGCCGUGACCAUGGAAAACAAAGCCAGGGCCAAACGGAUGGUAAGUGAAAAACCCACCACCCAAGCAAGGAACCCAAGGGCAAAGGGGACAUCUGGAGGAGGCCAGGGCCAGAGUUCACCCCUGCAGAUGACUUCCAGCCCAGAUUCAGCAGGGAAGGGUGUUCUGGACCUCCGGAGUCCAGGUACAGCCCCAGGCCCACCUUCCCAACAGCCCCCGGGACCGCCCCCAGAGGCCAGCUGGGACUAUAUGCAGUGGAAACAGGAGCGAGAGAAGAUUGACCUGGCCCGCCUUGCCCGGCACAGAAAUGCACAGGGUGACUGGAGCCGCCCGUGGGACCUGGACAAGGCCAAGCCCAAGCCCAUGACACAGGAUCGCAACAAGCCUAGAGACAAGGACUCCACCACGGGCAGAAAGGGUCCUAGGACCCCCCAGAAGCUACAACCCCCACCACUAUCCGUGGAUGGAAAACGUCAGGGUGGACAAUCUGGAAGACCCUCGGUGACAUCCACCAUAGGCAGCAAAGCCCAGGGGAAGGAGAGGCUGACUGGCAGGGCCCGAAGGUAUGACAUGAAAGAAGAUGAGAAGCCGCAGAGCCAGGAGGGAAGCCAGAGUGCCACGAAGACUCCCAGUGCAGAGCAGGAGAGUGAAACGGAGCCAGGCAGACAGGAGACCAUGCCUGCAACCAGGCCAGCCCUGGCCUCCCCAGAGGGGCUAAAAGGGGAGUCAGGAACCUCUACAGCCAGUGUGACCCUAGACUCCCCACAAAUUUCUGACUUGGCUCCCCUUGACCUCUCUCUGGGAGGAGCUAGCAGCCCCAAGCCCGAAAAAAGCAUGGGGGGUCCCCAAAGUCCAGCGCCAUGGCCAGGUGGCUCUGAGCAGCAGACCCAGCCGUGGAAUGACCACCAGCCCGGGCCGGAAGGCCACACUUGCGCCGAGUCACAGAGAGAAUCAGAGGCCUCGAAGCCCAAAGAGGACAGGGCUGGUAAAGCUGGGGCCCGGCAGAACCUGGCACAGACAAGCAGGCCCCUCAGAGGAAUUGGCCAAAGGCCAAGAGGUACAAAUAGAAGAGGCAGGGUGGGGGGUCCUGGCCCUGCAGGGAGAUGCUGAGUGAAGCUCAUGGGAGUUGGGGAGCCAGGCUACGGAGGGGAGAACUCAGUCAAGAGUCUCCUGUGUGGCAGGGGUCUGGCUGUUGGUGACUUGUACCUUAUUGGUCCAGCAGUUAUGAAGGGACACCACACAAAGGCCACUCAUGCACAUCUCAAUACACAAGUGGGUUUUUGACCAGUAGGCAAGGCCCCUGGGGUAUUUGCCAGGCUGGGAUCACUUAUCUAAGGAUGGCUUCCCUGGCCUGGCUUCCCUGGCCUGGCUAUCCCUGCUGCUAUCUAGGAUAGGCCUUUCCCACACAGCAGGAGUUGGUAGUGCCCCAGAAUGUGGGUCUCCCUGCUCCUUGUCCUUCCUCAUUGCCAGGUCUCCCUCCCCAGACACAGCCUUCAGGCUCCUCAGCUGUGGGCAGUCUCAAAGCUGGUGUGGCCAGCCUAACCCCUUUCUGAUACCCAUGCCCUCAUCCAAGUGAUUCACUGUCCUGUUCUUCCAAAAUGGUCAAACCUGGGUUUCAACAAUUGUCUGAGACCCAGAGAAAGUGGGUUGGGGCUCUCGACUGACAGGAGCAAAGUCGGAGUGGAGGAUAGGACCCAAGGCUUCUUGGGGGAAAGGAGGCCUCUUCUCUGAACUGGGCUAGGCUUCUCUUGUCCAUGGCCACAGGAGAGUGGGAGAGCUCACUGACAGGUACUGAGCCUGCCUCUUCUAGAUCCAGAUCAGACAUCAUGAGCACCCUGAAUGGACCCAGCGGCCCAGGGCCAUUUCCUGACCUCUCUUCCUUCUGUAUCUCCCCUUGCCAGGGCCAUGUAAGAACAAGCACACAGAGAUGAAGGAAUAGCAACCUCAGCUAAGUACGAUAUCAGGGUGUGUUGCUUUCACUUGCCUCCAUCCAGGCCCCGCCCGUGAGGCCCACGUCUGGUGAAUUAUCCAGACUCUGCACAAGCUGUGGCUUCCUUUCAAUACAACAAACAUUUCCUGAGCAUCUUCUCCCAGUAAUCUAGCCAGUGGGCGAGGGUGACUCUGCCAGCAGGAGGGUGGGGGGAGGAAACUCAGGCAUCCAACUCAAGACUGAAUGGCAAGUGCUGUUCUCAUCUGUAGAUGCCUAGCAGCCCUGGGUACGAUGAGGGUAGGAACCUAAAGAGACCCACCCCAUCUUUGCUCCCCUCUCUUGAUAUGGCCUGUGUCCAUUGCUCCCAGGCCCUUAUCUGGAUGGCACCACGCGGCCCCCCUCUUCCUCUCUACAAGGGCAGGGCAUCUAACAUAAUUCUCUAGGGAAAGCCCACAUCAUCUUCAUCUUUACACAAGAGGCCCGGAAUUUGGGUUCCUGUCUUGGCCUUCCUUCCUGGCUCUUGGUUCCAUAUAUUCCCUCUACUCAGGUGAAUUUUCAAUCAGGUCAGGUAGGUUAGAGGCUUCCCACACGUUCAUGUUGCUCUGCAGUGCAAAUUGAACUCAGUGGGUCUGAGGAAAAGUCUGGAAGUUUGCUUUUCUAAUAAGUCUCAGAUGAGGGAUGCAUGCCUGCCCUUUUUUUUUUUUUUUU